AUGUCUUUCGGCUCAUCUUCAUUUGGGGGAACUGGAACAACCAACUCAAUUUUUGGAAAGUCUUCUUUCGGGACAGGCAACUCAAAUUCUGGUACACAGUCUUCUUUCGGGGCUUUUGGGAACACACAAAACAAUUCAGUUUUCGGAAAAUCAACGUUUGGGUCAGGAAGUAACAACAACACCCAAGCAUCGCCAUUUGCAAGCUCUAAUUUCAAUAACAACAACUCUAAUUCUAUAUUUCAAACAUCUCAAACCUCAAACUUUGGCAACUCAAGUUUUGGCAUUGGGAACACUCAUUCAAGUAGUAAUAAUUUUCUGCCAUUUUCUUCUUCUAAUCAGAAGAGCGACAUUUCCAACGCCACCAAUUCAGCUUCUCCUUUUGGAUCACUUGGGAAUUCCAAACCAGAAACCAAUAAAAGUUCUCCUUUUGGUGCUUAUAGCACAAAUAAUAAUUCUAUAUUCGGUUCAUCAUCUGGAACAAACACAAAUAAUCUGCCAUUUGGAAGCUCAACAUUUGGAAGCUCAACAUUUGGAAGUUCAACAUUUGGAAAAAACAAAAGCGAAAAAAACAGCGAUUUUUCAACCAUAAACAAUCCAUUUAAUACCUCUUUUGCAAAUACUAUAAAUAAUCUGAAUGCAAAUACUAUAAAUAAUCUGAAUGCAAAUCCAUUUCCAUCUGGUAACACAACUGGGAACAAAUUUGAUAUUUUUAAGAAAAAUGAACCCUCUCCAUUUGGGUCAUUUGGAUCAAAUAACAGUUUUUCAAAUGCUUCUCCAUUCAACAGUACUAAUUUUAACAAUAAACUGUCGCCGUUUGCGUCUUUGGAAAGCACCAAUAACUCGGCUUUUUUGGAAUCAAAACCAAAUCUGGGUAUAACAGCUGGAAAUCCUUUUGCAUCUUCAUCAAAGUCUAUUUUUGGAGAUCGCACAGACCCAGAAAAAAGAAGCAAUGCAAAGAGCGAUAAUAUAAUAUUCAAACAAGCCAGCGAUGAGAUUCAACGAGUUUCUUUAGAUAGUUUGGAUGAAGAAACAGUUAGGCAAUAUACUUUAGACAAAUUUGAAAGAGGGAAAAUACCGGAAAUUGCACCUCCGAUAAAAAUCUGCUAA